CACAAAAAAAGAAAGUUAUAGAGUUUAUUAAAUUUUUCUCUUUUCAUUUUUUAAAGUUCAAAUACGUUGAAAAUAUAUCCGAAGUGGCUAGCAGUAAAAUUUAGAUUGCCUUUUGUCCAUAUUGCUGUUAUAUAUAUUUUUUUUCAGUGAGGUAGGUUUUAUUUUGGUUUUAUUUCUAGGGGUGUUGAUUGGCAUUUUCUAGACUCUUUGCUGUGCAACUAGGAACGCCUGGUAAUAUAUACACAGAGUCCUGCCCAAAGAUCGACAGGGACUUUGCCGUCUGGAAUACUGUUCAAGUGUUUGUAUGAUGCCUGAUGUUUUCAUUGAAAAAACCUUCCCCUGCAAAGGUCUCCUUCAUUCUUCUUGUUAUGGCGUACAUCCACGGUGACAUUGGGAGUUUCUAUAGAGCUUCCCAAACAUGGAGAGUUCCCAAGAAGCUGGAUGAUAAAUCUGUCAGCUUCUUAUUUCUUGGAGAUCCUCAAGUUCUGGGAUACAUUGGUGAAGGAUCGACCUUUUUAGCUUCUAUAGUCCGUUGGGAUUCUGAUAGAUACAUCAAGAAGUCCUUCAACGCAGCUCUAAAACAUGUCCAACCCGAUGCUAUUGUGGUUUUAGGUGAUGCAUUUAAUGAAGGUUUUACAGCUACUGAUGAAGAAUUUUGUGAUACUAAAAGAAGGUUUGACUGGAUCUUUGAGUCUGCUAAAGACCUGCCUUUUAUUGUCCUUGCUGGGGAUAAUGAUAUUGGUGGAGAAGACUUUGAUGUUAUGAGUAAAAGUGUAGUGUCCAGGUUCAUCAGGCACUUUGGUCCUCUAAAUGGUGUUGUCAAUAUUGGAUCAGUUCAACUCGUCAAGGUAAAUACUGCAAGUUUUAUAAGAUAUACACCCUUUACAAAUACAGAGAAGAAAGCCAAGAAUGAUACUUAUAACUUCAUUGAAAAAGAACUGCCUAUGCUUCUAAAGGAGACUACAAAGAAAAUUAUCCUAGCCCAUGCCCCACUCCCACACCUUCCAAAACCUCUUUAUACAAAGCUGUUACAAAUAGUUGAACCCAAAGGCGCAGUGUCAGGACAUUUACAUAUGAAUCUUGAGGUGUUUCAUAAAGUACAGCGCUAUCCCCCUAUGCAUUUUUGGGAGCAUGUCAUGCCAACCUGUAGCUACCGAAUGGGUACCAAAAAUAUGGGAAUUGGUGUUGGUAUUAUUGAUACAGACUUGCGUGGACAAUUCCGUGUAUCUGUCCUGAAGCUCCCAGAGAGAUAUUGCUACCUUAUAACAUAUGCCAUCCUUAGCAGUCUUACAUUGCUCCUCUUUUUACUUAGCUUCAAGCGUGUUAGAAGGACAACAUACAGCCUCAUUUAUAGGUCCUGUUCCUAUAUUUUAGCCAAAAGCUUGUCACUCUUUGAUAGAAUAGACCAGCAAAUUUGGAUGUUUCUAUUAAAUGCUAUUCUUGGCUUGAUUUUUAUAUCACUUUGUAUGAGUUCUGUACUCAUAGUCAAGCACUAUUCAUCUAAAAACGAACCUAAGGCCCAGAAACCAAAUUUUCGUAUUGUCGUGUAAAUAAAAUGAAGUAUUGUACUUUA